CUCCGGGACUCGCUGCUAAAAAAUGAAGCAUAUCUACUGCUGUUGAGCUAACUCCACCAGUAGUUCUUUCACUUCGCUUUCUUUGCACACCUGUCCAGCUACAAACACCGGGAACUUGCUAGAAACGGGUUAAACACCCUUAUUGUUCAAAGACACCCACAGCGGAAACAUUACUAAGUUGGAAGUUUGCAUGUUUUUGUUUCCAUGUCUUCUAGGAAGCGUAAAAGACUCUCCAAAGACAUAAAGUGUCUUUUGUUUCCGGCGGAUGCUGUUGAAAGUGGUCCUCAAAAAAGGGAGAGGGAAACUACAUCACUUCUAUCCUCCAGAAGUUGGGCAACAUGCGGGGACAGUUUUUUGGGCACCGCGACUCUUCAGUCAGGAAAAAAGCUGUCUGUCAAAAGGAAGUUGGCUCAGAAUCCUGCUAUAGUGCAGAGCAGUGCUCCCAGCCAUGAUGAGGACCCGGUGGAUAUCGCCUGGAGUUCCAGUGAAACUGAACCGUCUGAUGAUGAGAGUCAGGUGCAGCGUAAGUCCAAAGUUGCUUUGCAACAGAGGCCGCGACCUCCAAUGCCAAGAAGACCUAAUGCUCUGAUUCAGUCUUACACUACUGCUCUGAGCAUGCUCACUAAUGAGAAAGAUGAUCUUCCUGUUAUAGAAACAGACAGCGAUCUGGAUCAGUCCGAGGAAGAUGAUGAAAAGGACAGCGGGCAGCAAAUUUCAGACUGUGGGUCGGAGUCUGCUGAUGAAAACACAAAUGUUUGUCCUCUCGAUUCUGAACAUAUGAAAGAGCUAGAGAUCUCAGGUUAUGUGUCUGAUGGAGAUGAUCUUGGCUGCACGCUGACAUCUAGCAAACUGGACUCCGACGUCUUUUCUCUCCAAUCUGGAGAGGGCAGCAAAAGGUCUGUCCGUGACUGGCUGAGAUCUGCGCAGGCAAUGCUGCAGACACCUCAAAAACCAAUGGACAGGCAGUUCAAAACACCUGAAGACUCUACCAAAAAGAAAAGAAAGUUUAAAAGGCCAAAAAGAUCAGCUGUGGUCUCAGCAAACCAGAACACCUUCUACCACAGUGGAGGUCUGGCAGAGAGGCUGAACCGACUUCAGUGCAGGCAGAGGUCAGCUAUCAGUUUCUGGAGGCACAAGUCCAUCUCUGACACAUCAGUAGCAGCAGCCACAACAGUGGACCGGCCUGGUGUGCUGGUGCUGGAGGUGCUGGAGGUCCAUGAGGAGUCCAGCAUGCAAAUGGCGCACUGCGAGCACCAGCAGCCCCCCAGAGACGGCCAGCAGCAGAAAAACGGCGUCUCCGAGGAAACCACUCCGAUGUUGGUGUUGUUCAACAGAGAAACGGCAGCUCAGCUGAUUCCUGCACCUGGAGAUGUCAUCCACAUAUACCCACCUUGGCAAAGUCUGUCUAUAGAGGGCCUCAUCUGUCCUGUAAUCCUGAACACUCACUUCAGCCAGAAAGUGUCAUCUGCUUCCAAACCAGAUGAUAUGUCCUUACCAAAGAUCUGGCUGUCUGCGGAGAGGCGCUUGCCUUAUUUUUUGGGUCAAAUUUUUGGACUGCUCAAUGAAUGCAAGACCAAAAGUGAAGGCAGAGCAAAGCAGGUUGCAGUAUCUGAUGUUCUCUGCACUUUUGGAACAAGACCCUGUCUCUCUCUCUUGGAGGCCAUUGAAGGACUUGGCCAGGCAGGCAAUGUGGAUGUGGUUGUCCAAAGAGUUUACUCCAUCCCAAUGGCAGACUGUUCCCCUGUGUCCUUUCUCAAACACAGAGCAUCCCUUCGGUCCUCCACUGCUCCUCCUCCUGCAGAGAAAGGAAAAACCAGGUUAUGUGUUCUAGUCCAGGAUAGCUUCGGGAUUUUCAGCGUUGUCAGACUCCAGCCUCUGUCCAGCAAAGACGAGCUCCACCAGUACUGCCAGAUGUGGCAGGGGAGAACCUGUGUGCUUACGGGCGUUAAAGUGGUGCAGCGGGUCACUCGAGAAAGGCACUCCAGGCUUUUCAGCUUGAUAGACAGUCUGUGGCCCCCAGCAACGUCUCUGAAAGAUCAUGGAAACUCGCUUAGUAUGCUAAAUGAAAUCAGCUCUCCAGGUCCACCUCCAAGUUUCUGCUACCUGCUGUCGGGUCAUCGGAGAUCAGUAGAGCCCAGAGAAGGGCAAACCGUUUCACCACUCUACCUUCACCCAGCAAGCCGGACCCUACGAGACAUACUGCAUAGUGAGGCCAAAUCCUGUUGCUGCAGUUUUAUUGCCACGGUUUUAUACAAAAGAAUGCAGAGCACUGAUGUAGGCCGUGGGGAGGUGUGGUUGGUGCUGACAGACCCCAGUCUUCAGGAGGAGCAGCCCGAGAGGCCAUGCAGGCGAACAGUGGCUCUGUGUGUGAGCACUUCCUGUGUGCUCACUUCCUCUGUCCUCGAAGCACUGAAUUCCCCUGCCGUCUGUGAAAUGUCGUUCAGAGAUGCCAUCAGAGAACAUGGUGUGCUCCUCUGUGCGGAGCAGUCUGUCAUUGAAGUGUAUUCAGUACAACCCAAGAGUAGUUUUGAGACCACCACAAGGCAAGACUCACUUUCCAGCUCUGAGCCCCAGGUGAAGACUCUGCCUCAGCCUCUGAGACUGGAUUCCCUGAGUUUGGAGACCGCACCCAACUCCCUCUGUAGUCUCACAGGGGUGAUAAUUGGUGUAAAUGAGAAUGCAUCUUAUUCUUGGCCAGCUUGCAAUCUUUGUGGAAGUGACAACUUAGAGGUGUCAGCAGAAAAGCCUCAAAACUUCCACUGCAUUUCCUGUAAAUCGGCGUUGGACAAGCCGGACACAAAGGUUCAACUGGAGGUCUUCCUCAGCUCCUCCUCAUUGAGCAACUGCACCUUAAAAGUUAAGCUGCAGCAAAAGACGAUCAUGUCGAUCCUGAACACGCCCGUGCUGGAAAGCAGCGAGCUCCAAGGGUACGAUGUGGAGAGCGUCUUGGGAAAAGAGGUGGGUCCCAUGGCCGUUUAUGUCCGAGUCGUCACAAGGAAGCCUGCCCAGUGGAUGGGCCUGGAAGAGAUCUGCCUCCAAGCCUGCUGAUAGCAAGCCUCAGACUUUGACUGGCUCCAACAAUCUGCACACUGGGCCUUGGUCUGAGCCAGUUUAUCCUCUACUCCCCCUUCCGAAGGCCUCCUCUGACAGCUUGAGGCUGUUUUGAAGAGAAGGGGGCUGCAAAAAGACAAGGUCUUGUUUGUGUUAAUGAUAUGUGAUCCUGUGCAGCAGGAGUUGACAGCCCAAGGGUAGACCAGUGGCAUGCAGGCUGUCAAACCAGCCCAUGUGGAUCAUUAACUGUGAAUGAGUCUGAGUUUUGACUUUAAAAUUAUUUUCAAACUGUUCUACCUUUGUAUUAAAAAAACAAAACACUGACUGUCAAUAAAAUGACUUAUUUUUGCUGA